GUCUGCGGGUAAGGCAUACGACUGGGAAGAGUUUGCUCUGGCUCUGGAGCUUCCCCAAAGCAACACAGAAGCAGCAACUUACCUUUCUGCUUCAGCAAUGGCAGAAGCUGUUACAAGGCACUGGGUGGAAACUCCCGUACGCUAUGAAGAGUGGUUUGCUGUCCAAGAGCUGGAAGCACACAAACUGGACCACUCUUUAUAUGCUUUGCCAGGGCCUUCUACAGCUGCACUGAGCAACAGAAGGUGUAUCGCGGAAAGUACAGCUGGGGCCGACGGCCAGGAGGAGGAAAACACACGCUUUCGGGUCUUGCUGGACGUUGUGCAGUUCCGCCCAGAAGACAUCAUUAUUCAGACUUUCGAAGGCUGGCUCCUGAUCAAAGCUCAGCACGGGCCUAGGAUGGACGAACACGGUUUCGUAUCCAGAAGCUUUACCAGACAGUACAAAUUACCUAAUGGAGUGGAGAACAAAGACCUGUCUGCGCUUUUCUGCCAUGAUGGCAUUUUGGUUGUUGAAAUGAAGAACCCGGUGGGAACGAAUUAGAGUUUUGUCCAUAGUUUAUUGGCUCUGGGAAAGCACACAAAUUGAAGGAUACUAUCAAGAAAAAAAACCAACUAUUUCCACAGUUCAAGCUUGUAUACAAAAGAACCCUUGAGAGAUUACUUUUUACAAGUGUGUUGAGUGUUUGAAAUGAUAAGAAAAAAAGAAUAAUCACUGACUAUAUUUGCUUGAAAACACAG